AUGGAGCUGCGCUCGGAGCUGCCCAGCGUGCCCGCCGCGCCCCCCCCGGUGCCCCCCAGCUCGGUGGCGGCCGCGGCGGCGGCGGCGGCGGCCACGCUGCCGGUGAGCGUGGCCGGGAGCUUGCUGCGGGCGCCGCCGCUGCUGCUGCGGGCGGCCGAGAAGUACCCGCGGACGCCCAAGUGCGCCCGGUGCCGCAACCACGGCGUGGUGUCGGCGCUGAAGGGCCACAAGCGGUACUGCCGCUGGAAGGACUGCAUGUGCGCCAAGUGCACCCUGAUCGCCGAGCGGCAGCGCGUCAUGGCCGCUCAGGUGGCGCUGCGCCGGCAGCAGGCGCAGGAGGAGAACGAGGCCCGGGAGCUGCAGCUGCUCUACGGCACGGCCGAGGGGCUGGCGCUGGCGGCCGCCAACGGCAUCAUCCCGCCCCGGCCCGCCUACGAGGUGUUCGGCUCCGUCUGCGCCGGGGCCGGCGGCGAGGGAGGCGCCGGCGCCUCAGAGUCCAAGAUGCAGAAGUUCGAGCUGUUCCCCAAGACGCUGCUGCCGAGCCGCGCCGUCACCCCGCAGCAGGCGGGCGGGAAGCCCCUUUCCCCGGACGGCGAGUCCGUACCCGGCACCUCCUCCCCAGACGCUCGCCACGGCUCGGGCUCGGAGAACGGGGACGGCGAGUCCUUCCUGAGCUCCCCCGUCUCCAAGGGCCCGAAGGAGGGGGAGGAGAGCCCGGGCUCCAUCAGCCCGCUGGGCUCGGACUCGGGCUCCGAGGCGGACAAGGACGAGCAGGACCCGUCGCCCUCGGCCGGCGGCCGGCAGCGGACUCCCAUCGACAUCCUGACGCGCGUCUUCCCGGCGCACAAGCGCAGCGUGCUGGAGCUGGUGCUGCAGGGCUGCGGCGGGGACGUGGUACAGGCCAUCGAGCAGAUCCUCAACAACCGCGGCCCGGAGAAGGGCCCCGAGGAGGGCUGGGCCCGGGACGGCGCCUUGCAGGGCCUGCCGCCCACCCCCGCCGCCGCCGCCGCCGCCCACCACCGGCCCCUGAUCGCGGGCGCCAUGGCCCCGGCCAUCGGCACGCUGGGCAGCCGCUCCGCCUUCUCCCCGCUGCAGCCCAACGCCACGCACUUCGGGGCCGAGGCCGGCGCCUACCCGCUGGGCACGCACCUGGGACUGAACCCGCUGCGCCUCGCCUACUCGGCGCACAGCCGGGGACUGGCCUUCAUGACCCCCUACUCCACGGCCGGGCUGAUGCCCACGCUGGGGUUCCGGCCGCCCGUGGACUACGCCUUCAGCGACCUGAUGCGGGAGCGCUCGGCCGUGCACAAGGAGCAGGUGUACUCCGGAGGGCUCUACGGGCCCAUGGUCAACAACACCCCCGAGAAGCAAUAGCGGCUUCCUAAAGCUCGUCUGUGUAGAGGUAGCUAGGUAGGCACGGGCGGACGGACACGGGGGUUUGCUCUCUCUUUCCCCCCGUGCAGGCGGGGGCUGCGUGCGGAGCCCGGCGCGGACGGGCGUAGGUGUGUUAAGGUGAUCAAGGUGCACUUUCAUUGUCCAGACAUGAGUCGCUCUUUGUUGCUUAUGGCCAUAAGCAUGGAUAUCCUCGGCGCGUCGUGGGGUGGGCACACACGCGAGCGCCCUUUCCCACAAACACAUACAUAUAUAUAUAUAUGUAUACUAGCAAGUGUAUAAUGUUAUAAAAUGGAAAUCUAAGUUAUUAAUGUAACUCGUAGGUGAACUCGGUAUUAACGUUAAGCUAAAGGUUAGGCAGCGCAUUGUAAUACUUACCAGGCAUAUAGAUGAAACAUUGUCAAAUUGAAAACCUUUUCCUUCCCGCCCCCAGAAACGUUGCGGUCUGUAUAUAACAUUGGAAAGUAGAUAUAUUUGUAACUGUCCGUAGGACCCUGGCGCCAAUGGUGUAUGAUGGUUUAAUAAGCCUCCUUCAUUUGUGAUCUGCAAGAAAAUUGCUUUCUUGUUCCGAUGUAGCAAACUUCUUGCUGUUUCUAACAGGUAAUUCUGUGUUUCCAUUUCAUAGAAAUAAAUGUUAUUUUCUAUUAAAAAAAAAAAUCGGUCUUAUGAAUGGCAAGUGGCAUUUUAUGAGAUGAUGGAAGUGUGUUUUGGGAAAUUCAUUUGACAAGUGCAUUCAAUAUUUAAAGGAGUUUAUGCAAAUAAUACAAACAUGUUUACUACAUUUUUAUCAUGGUCAAGCUAGAUAUUCUUCAGAUAAAUUUAUAAAUAAAAACGAAGCGUACGAGCAAGAGCAAAUUCCUUAUAAACUGAAAUUGUCAAAUACGUUUAUUUCUGGUUCUGAUAUUUUUCUUAUUUAUGCCUGCGGAAAAAAUCCCCACCAAACCUACAGAGGUAUAAAUUUAAACAGGAUUUCUUCGGUAUCUGAUG